AAUUCUCCCUCCUCCCAUCUCCCUAUAUUUAUGGCCAGCAGCGGCACCACUCUUCAAAAUGCACUCUCGAUUCUGUUUCGAACUGCAAAGCUUAACCAUGGCUUCCAUUUCUCUCCUUCCUUCCCCAACACAGUCAUCGCUGUUCCCGCCGGAGAUAUCAAUUCCGCCUUCCUUUGUCAAAUUCCGGCGAUCGAGCUUCUCCACUCCCACCGCCGCGGCCACUACGGCGGCGUUUGCUGGAACGGAAUCGGAAUCGGCCACUGCCUCGUUUACCUCCAGAUUCAAGUGGCCUCCGAAACCGGCAUCUCUGUCUCAGCCGGCGUCGUUUUACGAUGUGCUGGGGAUAGCGAUCGGCGCGACGAGCGGAGAGAUCAAGGCGGCGUAUCGAAGGCGAGCUCGAGCUUGUCAUCCCGAUGUGGCGGGGAAGGAAUCGUCGGCCAGCGAGUUUAUGGAAAUCCAUACGGCGUAUUCCACUCUGUUGGAUCCCGAGAAACGCGGCGUCUACGAUCGGCGGCUCUUCCGUGAGUGGCGGGGUGCCGAAAUGCGCGCCGGUGUUUGUACUUUUCGGAAUCCGGCAAAAUCGCCGAGAUUCGCCAGCUCUGCCUUCCGCAAUUGGGAAACCGAUCAAUGCUGGUAGCAGGAUUGACUACGGAGUACUCUGUCCAUUCAAAAAGAAUAGGGCUCCUCGUUUCUAUCUCCCGUGUGUAUUUAUAUAUGUCUUUGCAUCAAUGAAUAAAGCAACAAUUUCAAUUCCAAAAUUCAACAUGGUAUCGGAGCCCUAUGCUGAUUCAACCAUCCGUCCUGUCAGUUUCUGGAAUUACAGUUUGUUUGGAUCGCCGCUCAAUUCAUCCGUCCAAAGGCCGUCCAAAAUUGGGAAAUCCAAUUGCGGGUACUGUUCCUGUUCGUCGUCCUGAUCGGGAAUCCAAUUGAACCGUCCGAAUUCCCGUCGGUCUCCCAAAUUCCCGUCGGUCCGUCGGUCUCCCGCCUGCCAGUCGCUGGUCCAGCUUGUUUUCCGCUUAUCUGUCCACCUGCGAUUGUUCAUCACCGCAGGACGCAAGCCAAGGAUUUCAAUUUAAAAAAAAAAGGUGCAGCAAAGUGCAGCGGAUAGAGUGGGCCACCUGCCAAGUUCAAGUCUCAAUUAUUUCAGUGGGCUGCCAACUUUAAUUCUAAAUUGAUUUUCAGUGGAUUUUCACAACACUUCAACAAUUUCUUUUAGAAUGGCUAUUUGCUCAGUA